AUGGGCUGCGGGCCGAGCCAAGCACGUGUGCUUUCCCAGGCACCAAUCUCGUCGAACCCUGAUGAGUUCUUUCCCUACCAAGGGUCUGGGCCGUGGCAUACCUCCAGGGCCGAUAGUGUGAUGCAACCGAGGCUCGCCAAGAGUGGCCCAGCGAGCUCUGAAGAUUGCCCACCCGUGACACUUCAAGAGCUCUUGAAGAAAGCAGCAGAGGAGAAGGGUGACAAACUCGCCCUGAAAGUUGAGCGGCCUUGCCCCAGCUUGGGCAGUGAUGGUGGAGCUCCACCGGCGUUCCCCGACGAAGAGUGGAAGGCCUGGACAUAUCGGGAGUAUUAUGAUGAGUCCAGGCAGGCGGCCAGGGGCUUCAUGAAGUUGGGCUUUGAGGCUUUCGACACCUUGGCAAUCUGGGGCUUCAACACACCAGAGUGGUUGCUCAGUGCUUUGGCCGCCGGCUUUGCCGGAGGCAAAGUUGGCGGGCUGUAUCCCACAGAUACGCCCGAGACGGCUGCCUUCAAGAUUGUCCACAGCGGCGCGAGCGUCGUUGUCAUUGAGGACAAGGCCAAGUUGGAGAGGCUCAUCCCAGCGUUAGCACAGCGUGGUGAGGCAACGACUCGCAUCAAAGCCUUCGUUGCCUACGGGUUCGAGCCCGAAGCGCAGCAAAGUGUCGAGGUAAAGGGAAGUGCAAAGCCGGUUUUGAGCUGGUCGCAGCUCAUGACCAUGGGCAAGGAGGCCAAGGACUCAGUCACGGAGUCCUCCGCGGAUCCCUUGGAACUCCGCCUCAAGGCCGUUGAGCCUGGCCAUUGCGCCGUCCUGGUGUACACAUCGGGAACAACUGGGGAGCCCAAGGCCGUGAUGCUGUCACAUGAUUGCAUGGUCUUUGAGACGCGGACUGUGCUCAACCUCGCGCGUGCACACAUGGGCUUGUGUGCACAAGCCGAGCAGGAGAGAGUCUUGUCUUACCUGCCACUUUCUCAUGUUGCUGGCGCGAUGGUUGAUAUUUGCUUCCCUUUCGUGGCCACCGCGACAACACCUGCUUGGGUGACAAUUUACUGCGCCAGGCCUUAUGACCUGAAAGUGGGGUCGCUUGGUGACAGGCUCCGUAUUGCAAGGCCCACCAUCUUCCUUGGCGUGCCCUUGGUGUGGGAGAAGGUGGCCGACAAGCUCCGAGCAAUCGGUGCCGCCAAUUCGGGCCUCAAGAAGAAACUGGGGAACUGGGCCAAGAGCAAAGGCUUAAAGAACUCCAAGGCUCGCCUAAUGGGCGGUGAUGGAGCGGCGCCCUUCGCGUAUGGCCUUGCCAACAAGGUCAUCUUGUCGAAAGUCAAGGCGAAGUUGGGCCUCGAUUGCGUAAAGUUCGGUGCCACGGGCGCCGCGCCCAUCCGAGUCGACACGCUUCAGUACUUCGGGUCCCUGGGAAUCACGAUCAACGAGGUCUACGGCAUGUCGGAGUCCUGCGCGGCUUGUACGGUCUCGACAGAUCAGGCCCACCUCUGGGGUUCUUGUGGCUUCCAGCUCCCUGGGGUGGAGGUCAAGGCUUUCAAAGUUGACCCCGCCGACAUCAGCAAGAAGGAGGAGUGUCCCCGAGCACCGAGCAUGGAUGAUCUCGGAGAAGAGUACCAGGGCGAGUUGUGUUUCCGCGGCCGCAGCAUUAUGAUGGGCUACUUGGGUCAGCCAGACCUUGGCGCAGACCACGUGCGCGAGAUCGAACGGAAAACCGCCGAGACCAUUGACACGGAAGGCUGGCUGCACUCCGGCGACAAGGGGAUGAUCACCAAGCAUGGAAUGGUCAAAAUAACGGGCCGCUACAAGGAGCUUAUCAUCGGCGCCGGAGGCGAAAAUAUAGCCCCUGUUCCGAUUGAAGACCACAUCAAGGCUUGCUGCGAUGGCGUCAACGAGGUGAUGAUGAUCGGCGACAAGCGCAAGUACAACGUUGCGCUGAUCACCUUGAAGGCUGUAGGUGCCAACGGUGAGACGCCAGGUACUGAUCAGCUGGACGCAGGUGCCCGGAGGAUAAAUCCAAAUGUCUCGAAGAUCAGCGAAGCCCUUCGGGACGACGUGUGGAUCCAGGAAGUUACAGCAGCCGUCAAGAGUGCCAACGAGAAUGGGAAAGUUUGUCCCAACAAUGCCUUUAAGAUCCAGAAGUUCAUGAUCCUCCCGACGAACUUUUCGGAAGAGCAGGGCUUCCUUACGCCCACGAAGAAGCUGAAACGACCCAUCGUAGAGAAUGCGUUCAAGAAGCAGAUCGACAUGAUGUACAGCUCAAGUGAGACAUACGUGCGAUAUGAGGACUGA